CCCUGAAAACGCCCGUUGGUUUGAUCCAGGAAGUGUGAUUGGAAGAAGUUCAAAAAGUUUGUUCUGUGCAUUUGUGUUUGUCUUUUAAGUCGGUUUAUUUUAUUAUUCUGUGCAAUUUGAGUUUGUCUGAAGUGUCCGUUUUAUAAUUUUUCUUCGUCAACCCCCAGCAGCAGUUGCUGUUUGGGGGUCUGUUUUGUAAGUUAAACGUAUCGGAUGGAUGUAAUGGCGACGAACUCUGAACAACAAAGGACUACGAGAAGGAUUAUGGAAAAAAUGAACGAAAGAGAAGAAGGAUGUAGAGAAACGGACGGACAAAAUGUGCAUGACGAAAGAAAGAACACCGACAAUGAAAGUGGACAACGAAUUAAUAAAAGGAAAGACGGAGAACAUCAAAGAAACGGAGAAAUCCAAGGAGAAGAGAGGAGGAAGUAUAACAGAGAGCUGACGGUGGAAGUGGAAGUGGAAGAGACGGGGGAAAUUUCCAUGAUGGACAUAUUAAGAGAAGUGAAGAAAGAGUGCGGGGAAGUAACAGGCUGCCGAGUGAGAGGAGCAAGAAUUUACGAAAUAACGAUGAGACUCGACGAAGCAAAACAAAAAUUAAUGGACGGGUUAAAAGUUAAAGGAGCGAUGGUGUUCGCGAGAGACAUUGUUAAUACAGACAUGGUAGUCUCGUUUAUAAACCUACCGGUCUAUCUAGAGGACAGCAAAAUAAUAGCGAAAUUAGAAGAGUGGGGGGUGAAGCCUCUAUCGACUAUUAAACGGAGAAAAUGGCCCGGAACCGACAUUGCGGACGGUACAAGAUUUUUAAAAGUUCGCUUCAACGAGCAGGUGCGCUCGCUUCCUUACUCUACGAGGUUUGAGACGCUGAGGGGAUCGGAAUACUUUAGAGUGAUUCAUGAUCGACAAAUAAGGGUUUGCAGACUAUGCAUACAACCGGGACACAUAUUCAGAGACUGCCCGGAUUUUAAAUGUUUCAAAUGCGGAGAGAAGGGGCACUACGCCAGAGAGUGCGAAAAUCGGAGCGGGGCAGAAAGAGAAGAGGAAAAAGACGAGAGCAAAAGAGAAGACGGCCACGGAAAGACAGAGGAAGAACACCGAGACGGACAUUCAGCCGACGGAAUAGAAAACGACGUACAAGAGGUGGAAAAUAAAGACGCAGAACUUGACAACGAAAUGGAACGUAGAUAUGAGACAGACGACAACAGCGAGGACGGAGAAGGAGAUGGUGAUGAAGAGGAAGGGAUGGAGCAAAUGGGAGAAAGCGAGGAAAGCGAAGAAAGAGAAGACGACGAUGAAGACAGUUUCAACAGAAGGGUGGCGACACAGAGACGAGAGAAGAAAACGGCGAACUGCAGAUUCAAAGAACAGAAAAUGAGAAUGAGAGAGGAAAUGAAAGAAAAACGACCAGGAGAAGGAACAACUAUAUCCAAAAAACUGGCUGCAAAAAAGAGAAAGGCGGACAAAGAGAAAGCAAGAGAAGAAAGAAAGAAAGGACUGCGAGUGGGUUUCGCGGGAGGACUGGUGUGGAGAGAAGUGGGGUUUCAUUGGAGAUAAGCCCCUUUGGGGCGUGGCCAAAUUUUUUUGAAUUUUGGAGCGGUUAGUUUGGUUUGGAUUUGUUUGUUUCUUUGUUCAGGUUCCUUUGUUUAGUUCACGCGUGUUGCGGGAUGGCGGCUGCUCGAGUUGGUGUUCCGCGGCAUUGCUGUGUUCGCUUUAAUCUUAAAGAAAAAGAUGGUAAAUUGUUAGAGUGUUCUAGGCUUGAUUUUUUACGGAAAUUUGUUAAGGGUUUUUGGGUUUCACUGCAGCAGAGAUAAAUUGUUUGAUUGUGUUGCCACAGGGUAAAGGGUUUGAUUUAAGUUUCAAGGGUGAGGCUUUGGUGAAGUCCUUUUGGGCAAAAUUUGAAAAUGUAAAAGAACAAUUGGAGAUGUUUGCACUUGAAAAGUUGAGCGAUGAUUCGAUGAAGGUGGUGGUACUUCGUUUGUAUAAUGAAAUGAUUGUGGAGGAGGAUUUGGUUACAUGGUUAGGUAGAUUUUGUGUGGUAAGAGGGCGGCCUGUGAAGGUGAUGGAUGUGGAUGGGGUGUGGACAGGGAGCUGGAGAAUCCCUGUGAGACUCCAAAGGAUACGGAGGGUAUAGGCAUUUGCCUUCAAUGAUUGUUUUAGGAGAAAAUAGGGGGUUAGUUGACUAUAAUGGACAUGU